CUCGCGCUUCAGUUGUUGACCAACAUGGGGAAGGUGCUGAAGGUCUCAGCGAUCACAGUGGGAGUUAUAGCGGUGUUGGGGUGGAUUGCAGUCGGAUCACCUGGGGAGUAUUAUCUUCACAAGGCCCUGAGCCUCCAGAGCUGAAGCCCCUGGACUGGUGGGAACACUGUGUGCUUUAUCAGAUCUACCCCAGGUCCUUCAAGGACAGCGACGGAGAUGGCAUUGGGGACUUGCAGGGAAUCAUCAGUGAGCUGGAACAUUUCCCCGACGCUGGUAUCGAUGCCAUUUGGAUGUCGCCGAUCUUCGAAUCACCCAUGAUCGACUUCGGAUACGACAUCAGCAACUUUUACAAGAUCCACUAUGAGUACGGGACCAUGGAGGACUUUAGAGAGCUGCUGCAGAAGGCACAUAGUUUGGGCAUCAAAGUCCUGCUAGACUUCGUCCCUAACCACGCUAGCACCUACUCUGAGUACUUCAUCCAGUCUGAAGCCGGCAACCCUGAGUUUGCUGACUACUUCGUCUGGGCUGACGGGUACUCCGACCCUGAGAAUGAGAGCAAUAUACUACCUCCGUCUAACUGGGUCAGUCAAUUCGGUGGUUCCGCCUGGGAGUGGAGUAACGCCCGACAACAGUUUUACCUGCACCAAUUCGCAGUCGAACAAGCGGACUUCAACUUUAGACAUCAGCCAGUUAAGGAUGAGAUGAUCAAUAUCAUGAAGUUCUGGUUGGAUGAAGGCACUGAUGGAUUCAGAGUGGAUGCCCUCCCCUACAUGAUAGAGGCAGACCCAGCGGACCACGAGGGUAGAUACCCCGACGACCCCCUCAGCGGGCAGAUACAGUUCGAGUCUCACCAGCUCGGGUACACCAUACCGCUGUACACCAAGGAUCUGAUAGAGCUGUACGAUAUCGUGCACGACUGGAGGGAGUUCACUGAUGUGUACCAGGCUGUGAACGGUGGUGAUACUCGGGUUCUCUUCUCCGAAGGCUACGCGAACAUCAGUAUGACGAUGCUGUAUUACGGCAACGAGGACGGAGAUGUCGGAGCGCAUUUCCCCUUCAACUUUAACUUCAUCACGGACAUCUCCGGGGAAUCUAGUGCGAGGGACUUCGUCGAUACCAUUAUGAGGUGGAUGAUAUAUAUGCCGUAUGGAGCCGUGCCCAAUUGGGUGUUCGGUAACCAUGACAACAACCGCAUGCCGACCCGGUUCAACGAGUCCAUGGUAGAUGGCCUAAAUGCUCUCAACAUGAUGCUGCCAGGAGUAGCGGUCACGUACCAGGGGGAGGAGAUCGGGAUGCGGGACGGAUACGUCUCCUGGGAGGAUACUGUUGAUGUUGAAGCGUGCAAUAGGGGGGAUGAGGACACGUAUCUACUCUAUUCUAGAGACCCAGCUCGAACACCGUUCCACUGGGACAACACCACCAGCGCUGGGUUCUCUACAAGUGAAGAUACCUGGCUGCCAGUAGCUGAUGAUUAUAUGGAGAUUAACCUGGCCAAGCAAAAGGAGGAUACUAGGAGCCACUAUAAGGUGUACCAAAAACUGACAGCCCUCCGCAAGCACACAACACUAUCCCACGGAGAAUACGACAUCCGAGCAUUCUCCGACAAAUCCUUAUAUCUAGUCCGAAGCCUCCGAACUUAUGACACCCUGGUACUUCUGUUCAACGUGGCACAGACUCCUGACACUAUUAAUCUGACUAGAGUACCGCAUUUGACGCUGCCAGCGACAGUGUAUGUGGCCAGUAUUCAAUCGUCAAGAGAUGCUGGGGAUAUAAUAGACAGAGAAGAACUGACACUUGAACGAGGAGAAGCAUUGGUUUUACAAGCGGCUCCUAUAUAAUUAAGAAGUUUCUCAUUUAUUUUAAUGAUUUGUAUUUUAUUAA